AUGGAUGGAAAAUCAGUGGAAGAGGUGAUGGAAUACUACAACAAUUUGAGUGAUUUUGAUUGGAAUUUAUGGUAUUCAUGUGCUAGUGAAGAGAUUAGGGCCGAAGUACUGUAAGUGUUUUAGAGGGGAAAAUUCAUUAAAAAAUUAAUUUUAUGGGAUACUGUAACUAUGAAUAUAAGGCUAAAGGGGGUACUGUAGCUGCAAAUUGAAAAAAAAACUUGUAGAAUAAUCAAACUGCCAGGAUUACUGUAGCUCCCUGGGCUUUUUGGAGAACUAGAGGUACUGUAAGACACUGUUCCUGGAUUACUGUGUCUUGAAAUUUUGUAGUUGGGUUAUUGGAGAUUCCGAGAAACAGAUUCUUGAUCUUUGAAGUCUAGCAACUUAUGAUGAUUAAAAAAAAUCUCAAAUUAUUUUUAAUUUCAGCAAAAUCUUUGCCACACAAACUGGCAGAACACGGCAUAUGGAUAGAAUGGUAAUUAGACAACUUCAGAAGUACAACUUCGAAGAAUUGCAACGGGCAAAGGUAGAUCAUAAGGAAUUGAGAGAAUUGAUCAUGGAACAUCGAUUGAAAUUGAGGUAAUUUUAUUUUAUUCUAUUUUUUAUACAUAGAAUUUCUAGUAAAUAUUGUCAAAUUUUUCAGAAGAAUUGCAAUGCAAAAAUAG